UAAUGAAGAGAAAAUGGCCUUCAGCUUGAGUUCAGACCUCAAUGGGCAUCAGAAAAGUUAUACUGGCAAAAAGCUUUAUAUAUUUAAUGAAGGAAGAAAGGCCUUCAGCUGGAAUUCUAAAAUCAUUAGCCAUCAGAAAAUUUGCCCUGGAAAGAAUCCUUGUGAAUGUAAUGAAGUUGUAGCUACCUUAACCCAUCACUCAGCUCUUCCUCAUCAUCCUGGAUUUCAUACUGGAAUGAAAACACAUGCAUGUAAUCAGUGUGGGAAGACCUUUCGUUUAAAAUCAGAUCUAGUUAAACAUCAGAAGAUUCAUACUGGAGAGAAGCCUUAUAAAUGUAAUGAAUGUGGAAAGGCCUUCAGCUAUAGAUCACGUCUUAUUAGCCAUCAGAGAAUUCACACUGGAGAGAAACCUUAUAAAUGUAAUGAAUGUGGAAAGGCCUUCUGCUACAAAUCAGCCCUUAUUGGUCAUCAGAGAAUUCACACAGGAGAGAAACCUUAUGAAUGUAAACAAUGUGGAAAUGCUUUCCGAUGGAGCAUCAGUCUUGCUAUACAUGAGAGAAUUCACACUGGAGAGAAACCUUAUGAAUGUAAUCAAUGUGGAAAGACUUUCCACCAGAGCUGCAAUCUUGCUGUACAUCAGAGAAUUCAUACUGGAAAGAAACCUUAUGAAUGUAAUCAAUGUGGGAAGGCCUUCUGCUCCAGAUCAAACUUUUUGCUCCAUCAGAGAACUCACACUGGAGAGAAACCUUAUGCAUGUAAUCAAUGUGGAAAGGCUUUCCAACAGAAGUGCAGUCUUGCUGCACAUAAGAGAAUUCAUACUGGAGAGAAACCUUACAAAUGUAAUCAAUGUGUAAAGGCCUUCUGCUCCAGAUCAACCUUUUUGCAACACCAGAGAAUUCACACUGGAGAGAAACCUUAUGAAUGUAAACAGUGUGGGAAAGCUUUCCAACGUAACUCUGACCUUGCUGCACAUCAGAGAAUUCACACUGGAGAGAAACCUUAUGGAUGUAAUCAAUGUGGAAAGGCUUUCAGAUACCUCUCCAGUUUUGCUGCACAUCGGAGAACUCACACUGGAGAGAAACCUUAUGAAUGUAAUCAAUGUGGAAAGACUUUCCGACAGAACUCCAAUCUUAUUGCACAUCAGAGAAUCCACACAAAAGAGAAUCCUUAUGAAGAUAAUCAAUGUGGGAAGGCUUUCCAAUGGAACUCCAGUCUUGCUACACAUCAGAGAACCCACAUUGCAGAGAAAACUUAUGAAUGUAAUCAAUGUGGAAAGAUUUUCCGACAGAACUCCAAUCUUAUUGCACAUCAGAGAAUCCACACUGGAAAGAAACCUUAUAAAUGUAAUGAAUGUGGAAAGACUUUCCGAAAGAAGUCCCAUCUUGCUGCCCAUCAGACAAUCCACACUGGAGAGAAACCUUAUGAAUGUAAUCAAUGUGGAAAGGCUUUUACAAGGAAGUCCGGUCUUGCUACACAUCAGAGAACACACACUGGAGAGAAACCUUAUGAAUGUAAUCAAUGUGGAAAGGUUUUUAGAUACAGCUCCAGUCUUGCUACACAUCAGAGAAUCCAUACUGGAGAAAAACCUUUUGAAUGUAAUCGAUGUGGAAAGGCUUUCACAAGAAAGUCCAGUCUUGAUACACAUCAGAGAAUCCACACAAAAGAGAAUCCUUAUGACUGUAAUCAAUGUGGAAAGACUUUCCGACAGUACUCUAAUCUUAUUGCACAUCAGAGAACCCACCUAAAAGAGAACCCUUAUGAACAUAAUCAAUUUUGAAAGGUUUUGUGAUUAAUUACAAUCUGAUUGAACAUCAGAGAAUCCACACUGCUGAAUGUACUCUGUGUGGAAAGGCUCCAGUCUUGCUGAACAUCUGAGAAUCCAUAGCACAGGGAAACUUCAUAAGUGCCAUGAAUGUGCUGGAGCCUUUAGUUACCACUCUAAGUUUAAUGAACAUGACAGAAUCCACAAUGGAAAGAAACUUUAGAAAUAUAACCAUUGUUGUAAAGCCUACAGGCAACAAUCAUCCCUUAUUUUCCAUCAGAGGAUUCAUAUUAGAUAGAAAUCUUAUCACUGUAAUGAAUGAGGAAGGGCAUGGAAAUGAAGUACAGAGCUUGUUUAACAUCAGAAUAAUCAUUCUGAGGAGAAGCCCUGUAUAGAUUCUAUGUCAGAAGGCCUUCAGCCCAAGAUCAUCUCUUAUUUUACAGAAGAGGAUUUAGUGUGGAGAAAAGACUUAGAAUGUUCUCAAAGGGGACGUGCUUUUCUCUGGAAGAGGGAGAUCAGUAGACAACCAUAUUCAUAUUGGAAUGAAGGCUUAUAGAAGCAGUGUUUGUGGCAAGAGCUUCCUUCACCUAGAGCUCAUAUUUGACUGUACCAUGGAGAAAUCAUACUCCAGAUAAAAGUCUUGGAUCUAAUUAACAAGGGAAAGUCUUUUGCUGAAACACAGAUUUCAUUUCACCUCCCAUGUGAUAGACCUCAUUAGAAAUCCCAGAUAGAAUAUUGUGCAUAAAGUCCUAUAAAUGUAAUGAAUUUUUCUCUGAAA